CUAGCUGCUAAAAACGAUAUUGGAUAUUGCGUGCUUGUUAAAAAUAUAUACAUUUCGACGAAAAAUCUAGGUCAUAGAAGGCGCGAUGUUCAAUAUCAAUUUUAUAAUUGCGAGUUUGCCACGGUUAUUUGAGUGUUGAGUUGUAUGCGAACUUCAAAGAAGAAAAGGGGACUUUUAGCCCCGGAAACUGGACACGAAUGUAAUAAAGUGAAGAGUUUCUUCUCGAGGUUCGGAAGUGGUUUGCGUAGCGCUUUUCACAAACACCACCAGCCUAGUGUACCGGUAAUUAGUCGCGAUGUUAGCAAUCAUUGCUACUCUUCUGAUGAUUUGAGGACAAGCAAAGAAGUGAAAGUUUCUAUUGCAAGAGAGGCGACUGACACUCUGUCCUUAAGCAAUAUGAAAAAAAGCGAUCGAGUUUCCUCUGCAGUUCAUAUACCGAAUGAUUCGCAUGAUGAUUCUAGCCCACAAUCAUCGCAUAGUCGAGAGGUUUUAUCACCUUACCGAAAUUCUUCUGCUUUUCGAGAGGAGUUGAACUUAAAACUUAAGAAUCGUCCUGGUCAUGAUCGACCGCCUAAAGUUCCUGCAGUUAAUAAAUCUACCGGGAGUUCAGACAGUCUUAUUUCAAAUGACUCUUCAUCUCCGACUCAAAAAAGUUCAAACAGUCCUCAUUCUUCUCAACAUAAUACUCGUUUAUCUGUACUAACAACACCUAAUACACAUGAAUCUAUCAAUUUAACUCCUUCAUCAGUUGGUGCUUCAGAUUUAAUUAGUUUACAGCAUAGAUUAGCCGUCAGUAGAUCUCGUAAUCGACGUCCACCAUCAAGAACUGUUGACCGACAGUCGAACAACACUGAUGUUGAAUUUAUCUCCUUCUUUUCCCCUUCAUCAACUGAUGUGCUUAAUGAUUCGUCAUUACUUCCAACUCCUAAUCCUCAUUUAAGUCUUAUUAGCGAAGAAGGUGAACAUGGACAUCAAAUCAGUGAGAAAUCUGACACUGAUACAUUAUACAUAGAUGUGAAAAAUGUUUCAGAUGUAAACAAUGCUGAUGAAUCAACACAUGAUAAUUUGAAGUCAAGUCAAGCUAAUUCUCCAGUAGUAACAAGGGAAAGUCAGAGAGAAAGUGUUCAAUCCUCCCAGAAAUCUGAUUCCUUAAAACGAGGCUCAGAGUCUUUCAUACCUCUGGAUUAUACAGCUGGCUUAAAUCAAACCACACCAACACCUAUAAAACCACCAAGAAAAUCUUUAGGCUUUGAAAGAAUCAAAUUAAAUUCAUUCAAUGAGUCAGAUAAUAAAACACCGCCAUCAUUGCAGUGUAAUCAUUCAACUAAUAAUGAUAGUCUACAUGUUCGUCCACAUUCUAUGUUCAUUCCAUCUAGUGGCAGUGGGGGUGGUGGUGGUGUUGUGGAAAUUGAAGUACCACAAAUACUUGCCAGAUUAAAACCUGUAACUAAUAAUGAAUUAGAUAAUGAUCACAGUGAUAAUAACAAAGAUAAUGAGAACUUAUCGCCGGAUUCUUCUUCUUCUUCUGCUGAUUUAACACCAUCACUUGUAUUCAUUCCGUGUAAAUCAAUUGUAGCAGAAAACGCUGAUCAUGAAUCUGAUGAUACAAAGAAAAGUGUUAAUAAUUCUCCCUUGCCUAUUACAAAGAAACCUGUCCUGUUGGAUAUUCAAACAACUGCCAAUAAAUAUUCACGUAGUCCAAGUCCACAACCGAUAACUCUCCUUCGAAAGCACAGUGAAAAUAUUCAGACUAAACCAAAACCUGAGAAUCGUGUUUCACGUGUAAUGGAUCUGGUGAAAGCAUUUGAAGGAUCUAGUUAAGCCUUGGUUACAGAUUAUUAUGAAAUUUUGUACUGAAUCACUGCCUGUCCGUCUCCCUUCCCUACUCCAGGUCUCCUCCACAUUUCUAUCUGAUCACUUUCAGAAUAACAGCAUCAUCAGUGGCAAUAAUAAUAACAAUAACAAUACUCACACUAAUAAUAAUAAUAGUAAUAAUAUUACCUAGAACAUCCUGCUUUCUUUCAGUAUUUAUUUUUGCAAGUUUAAACCUCCCGGCCCUCCUCCUCUUCUUGUACUCAUAAAAUUUUCUCCUUUAACAUAUGACCUUAUUAUUAUUAUUGAUUUUAAAGUUAUUAGCCUUAUUGCGCCAAGAUUUCUUUUCCUGAUUCCAUUUUUUCUUUUGAAUAUUUAUAUAUAUUCGAAUACCGUGUACGCCUGUUAUGAUUUGUCUAAUUUCUUUUUUAUAUAUUUUCUAUAUUGUACUAUUAUCGUUAUUAUUAUUAUAUCAUUAUUACACUAUGCACUUGUCUGUUGAACUUCCUUCGUAUACUCAGUC